UUCCUGUGGAAGGUCACGCAUAACGGACUGAAAGUUGGUCCGUACUGGAUGAAGAUUCACGGAUAUGAAGAACGGGCACAAUGUCAGCGCUGUGGAGCAGUAGAAUCCGUACAACACAUACUUUUUGAAUGUCUGGCGACCGGCCAGGCCAUGAUAUGGGACCUGGUUUGUGCCGUAUGGGCGAAGAAACGUGCCCAAUGGACGGACCUCUCCCUUGUGGACGUCCUCGCCCUAGGCCUGAAAGAAUGGAAGGACGAUAAAGGCCGCCUGCGCCAGGGAGCAACGAGACUCUGGCGAAUACUUAUAUCUGAGGCAGUCCACCUCAUCUGGAAACUACGGUGUGAGCGAGUGAUCGGUCAUGCCGACGAUGAGAACUGGGAACACCACACAACACUGGUUGUAUUUAAGCUACAAUACGCUCUCAACAACCGGCUGGCGCUGGACGUUGAGUCUGCGAAGAAGAAGUAUGGGAACUCUGCGCUGACACGGGACUUAGUCCACGCGACAUGGAACGGAGUGCUGCAAGAUGAAGCGGCUUUCCCGGACGACUGGACGAAAUACACGGGUUUUUUAGUGGGUAGGACACCGGCACUACGAGUCGACCUCGAGCCGGACUGA